AUGAAGUCCUUUCUCACUCUGACUGCUCUUGCCACUCUUUGCAGCUCAGCAUAUUGCUUCAGCGAAGGCACCUAUAAGAUCGGUUCAGCCAGUCUUGAGAAGACCAAAGUGUUGACUGAAGUGCCUGGUCAAGAAGACCUCGUCUUCAACACCGCCAAUGGACACCCUGGCCAAAUUUGGGACUUUACCCCGACUGACGAAGAAGAGUACUUCUUGGUUACAAAUACCCUUGGCGCAUACAUCGAUUGCCCAGCACUGGAUAGCCUAUGCACAGCUGGAGAGGAUCCCACAUCCUACCGCCCGGAGCUCGUUGCGGAUAACACAUACGAGCUGGUUGCAAAUGGAACUGGUUAUUUCCUACGUCUCGCAGACGAUAACAAGCUGAAACUGGCUGGAUAUGAACCUGGUCUCGAACAGGAAUUUGUCUUGACUAAGGCUUAG